AUGGCCUCAGGCCAAUGGAAGCGCACAGAUGAUGUCUCAACCACCAAAGACACCCUCAAGUACUACACCGACCUAGCAAAACUUGCCGAGCGGGGCAAGAUUAGUGCAAUCUUCUUUGCGGACUGGUACGCAGGGUUCGAUGUAUAUGGGGGCAGUCUGAAUGCCUGUCUGAAAGCAGGGCACCAAGUUGCUCAUUUAGAUCCACUACCUAUCGUGUCCGCGAUGGCUGCAGUGACCGAGUCGGUAGCGAUGGCAGUCACAAUGAGCACCAGUUAUGCCAAUCCGUACGUGCUGGCAAGGCAAUUCUCCACGCUGGAUCACUUGACCGGCGGCCGAUGUGCAUGGAAUAUUGUUACGUCAUGGGCUAAGAGCUCAGCGAGGGCUCUGGGGUAUGAGGAUGUUACUCCCCACGAUGAGAGGUACAUCAUGGCUGAUGAGUAUAUGGACGUGGUGUAUAAGCUAUGGGAAAGCUCGUGGGCGCCAGACUCUACAGUCUGGAAUAAGGAGACUGGGAUGGCGUUUGACCCUUCUAAAAUUCGGAAAGUCGAGCACAAGGGCAAGUACUUUGACAUAAGCGGGAGAAGCCAAGUACACCCGUCACCCCAGCGCACGCCUGUUCUGUUCCAGGCCGGAACCUCGAAAACCGGGACAGCAUUCGCCAGCAAGCAUGCAGAGGCCAUCUUCUUGAACACAGCGUCGAUAGAGCAGGCCAAGGAUGUAGUUACUAACCUCCGUGCCCAGGCGGCUGCAAACGGCCGCGACCCUAAAUCAAUCAAGUUCUUUCCAUGCAUCGUGCCCAUCAUCGGCCACACGGAGGAGGAGGCCCGGGCGAAGUACGACAAGGCUGUUGCCAAUGCUGAUCCGGUCGCGGGACUGGCACAGUUCUCCGGGUAUACUGGGAUCGACUUCUCGCGAUACCCGUUGGACGAACCUCUAGACCUCACGAACUCAAAGCAAGACAUGGCGAUACAGAGCGUCUUCCGGGGCUUUGCAGCGUCGGGCGAGGCUUGGACGCCGAGAAAGCUGGGGAUGCAGAUGGCGCUUGGCGGACUUCAUCCGUGCCCAGUUGGCAGCGUGGAACACGUCGCUGACAUCUUCGAGGCAUGGGUCAGAGAGGCCGAUGUUGAUGGCUUCAAUGUUGCAAGCGUGACCAACCCAACGAGCUGGGAAGACAUUGUUGACCUUCUUCGACCCGAGCUCGUCAAGAGAGGUCUUUUUUGGGAGAACUAUGAUGUACCCGGUGGCACAUUCAGGGAGAAUCUCCUGGGGCAGAAGUCUCUGAGGGAUGAUCAUUAUGGAUCGUGCUUUAAGUGGGGUAAAGAUGAGGCGUCAACGGAUGCUCUCAACGGCUUGGAUGGAGUAAACAGGCAUUGA